AUCUGCCUGCCUCUGCCUCCCGAGUGCUGGGAUUAAAGGCAUGCGCCACCGAAUUGAGGACCUGCUUUUGAAUGAAACUCCAGAAAAAAAAAAAUUAUGAACUUCCUCACCGAGUUUUUGUUCCCCUUCCUGGAUCCACUAUAAGGUUAUGUGAUUAUAAAUUUGGUGAUGAAUCAGCUGAACAAAUCAGAGACCAUUUUUCAGAUAUGUUAGAUCAUGAGAUUCAAGUAGAAGACUUGGAAAUUGCAAAGGAAGUAAACACGGCUUGUGUGACUUCAUCUGUGAGGAGCGAAGCGCCACUGCUUGAUACAGGAGAAGAACAGCCACAGCAGCCAAAUGAAAUUCCAAUUGCAUUGAAGAUUCAGCAAAACAUAGGUGCGAUUGCAGCAAUUGCAGUUGCAGUCCUUGCUGCGGGCAUCUCCUUCCAUUACUUCAGUGAUUAGGGUGAGGCACAAAGAGCUUCCUGAUCACCUGGAACACACUGAUCAACAGCUAUGAAAACUAAAGAUGCAAAUGCCCCACCUGCAUUUAAGCUCUGCUAUUAGAAUGUCUAUUAGAUGUGUUUCUGACUUACAUGACAUCACCAGCUGCCUCUUUCCCCCUGCUUUUAUUAUCGGGCCCAGGUUUUCAAAAGUAAACUAUGCAUCUAAAUGGAGUUGCAUGUAACAAAUCACUAUUAUUUAUCUUCAGAAGAGUCAAAAUGUGAGCUAUUUUAGAAUUUAGUCCUACUGAAUGACAUUGCACAUUGAUCAAAAUAUGCAAACUAUGAGCAGUCAGUAGUGACUGCAGUUGAUAUAUCAUCAGGAAUUGUCUCUAAGUUCAUCCUAGAGGACAUUUCCAACAUGCACUCAGAUGCAACAGCUUAUGGACAUGGUUUAAGUUUGAGGCCAUGAAUACUAUUUUAAGCAUACAAAUGGACAGUGGUUUCCUGGAUGUCAGGCACUAUGGCAUACGGCAGUAUGCUGCUUGCCUCACACCAAAAACAGAGAAAUGUGAAUUGGAGAUGCUGUCCUAGGUAGGGCAGUUAAUGUUCUGUAGCUCUCACCCUGCAGUUCAGUGCAGAUCCUGGGAGAAACAAACUAGUAGCACUCCUAACUUAGACCCGAGACUUCCAUAAAUUAUGAUCAAGCAGUAUUUUAUUAGUUCAUGAUUGUAAGUCAUGAGGUACAAGAUACACUGAAUCAGUAUGAGAAUUAACUAUAGGAAAAAACAGUCAUUGAAGUCAUUUCUCCCAAGUGCACAACAACAACGCAGAGAAUAAAGAAUAGAGCCAUAGAUAUGGAUGAGAGCCUGGUAAUGCUCCUUAGGAUAAACUAAAGGAAAAAAAUACCACCACACUCAUUAAAGUCGUUUCUCCCAAGUCCACAACAGUGAUGUAGAGAACAAAGGAUAGAGCCAUAGAUGUGGAUGAGAGCCAGGCAGUGCUCCUCAGAGUGAAGACCACAUUCUUUUAAGGAGGAGGACAAACUGCAGGCGGGUCAGUAGUAGCAGACACAGCGGAAGAGAUCAGUGGAGUGGGAGGGAGAGCAGCAGGAGGGAGGUGAGAAGGAAGGGUGAUGGUCUAGGAGAACCAGGUGGGGAGAAUGGGAGAGAGGAGCACUUGAGAUGGCAGGGUUCCCACACGUGUUAGCAAACACUUAAAUUCAAGAAACAGGCAGGGUUCCCCACACGUGUUAGCAAAACACUUAAAUUCAAGAAACAGGCAGGGUUCCCACACGUGUUAGCAAAACACUUAAAUUCAAGAAACAAUAUAGCUUAAACACAUUUAAAAAAAUCAAAUCCGUGAUUUGAUCCAACUAGUGAACCACAAGAUACAAAGCAAGGUUUUUAAGAAACCAAAGGGACAUAAAGCCCCUCGGCAGAGGCAAGUCAGUCUCAUACAGAGUAGACCCCCAGUAGCAGCAGUGUACAUAAGAAAGCAGGAAAUGCCUUCAGACUUGAGUGGAACUAUAAAAACCAGUGCAAAGCAAAACUCAGAACCAACAGACCUUCAUUAAAGAAACUGAAACGGGAUGGUCUUCAAUGAGGAAAAUUACCCCAAAAGCAAGGUCUGAAAUGAAGUGAUCAAUAUUAUAAAUUUAAAGUGUUGUUUAUAUAAUGCAAUCAUAAUGAAGUAUUUAUAGAAAUUGUAAACUUGUAAAACUGAAUAAAUAUUGUUAUGCAAUCUUGUGGAAUUUUCAAAUAAGGAUAUAACUGGGGAAGUAUGGUUCAGAAGAAAGGAGGGUGGUUAGAAGCAAAGUGCUCUGAGUGCCUGGUGCCAAGUUAAUGUUAAGGUAGAUUAUUUCACUGUGUGUUACUCUCAAGGGUACCUUCUCAAGAAAGAGGCAGGCGGUGAAACAGCCCAAUGAAAAGGAGAUUAGGAGGAACACAGUACAAAUAAAGGAAGAGAUUAGAGGGGGAUGAGUAUGGUAAGUAAUAAUAGCUCUACAUGUUUCACACACACCAGGCCCUGGGCUGUUUCCCAUCACAAAACAAAGACAAGUGAGACCCUGGUUCAAAAUAAACUAAGUGGACAAAGUAUUUAGAUCAAAUAGAUGAAAUUAUAUUUGUUAAAUGCAGAUGCUAAAUAAAUCUGUCCAGUAGUGGUGAAUA